AUGCAAGAUACUUGUUGCAGAAGCGAAGACGACGUCAUAGAGACAUUAAAAUUAUCGAAGCUCAAUCAGAGUGAUUUGGCAAGACCUUCACAAACACUUUAUUUUGCAAAUGACUCUUCGGAUCAAUCAUUUACUUUGAUACAAUUAAAUAAGGAUAUUCUUGAACAUAUUACAAAGGGUGAAACACUUGUCAUUCGUGGAGGUGAGGAUGAUUCUGCCACAUUGUGUACUAGUGAUUGUACUUAUGAUUUAAAAAAGGCAAGAACCUCGAAUACUUUGCUCACAUUAUCUAAGUGCACUGUAUCCGCGAAAAAGAAAUCAUCUGUUGCUUCUGACAGCAGUACAAGUGAAGAAGAACAGGAGAAUAUUGAUGACAAGCCAUUUCUACUUUAUCGAAAUAUAAUAGGCUGGUCACAUGAUUACUUAGAACUGAAACGCAUUCAUCCACAGCUGUUCAAGAUCAAGCAACUUCUGGGUGAAACUCUAUUCCAAGGUCCAGAAAAGGAAGAAGAGAAUGUUGAUAAAAUGAAGUAUACUUUAACUGAUCUACUGAACAUUGUUCAAGCAAGUGAAGGGGAGCUUACAAGUGCCUUGUUCAAUAUGGGAUGUAUUUGUAUUGAUGGAUAUUGGAGGUUAUUAGAUUUUGGAUAUAUUGUUGACUGUCUUGGUGCAAUUUGCAAUGUCAUCGAUUCAGAAUCGUGGGAUAUUUUCAAAGUUCCUUUUUCACAGCUUUGCGAAAAAAUCAAUGACUCUGGUGAACUAGUACCGGGGUACAUAGUUCAUCAUUUAAUGGCAUUCUACGGAACAAUGAUUUUUAUGCAUGAUAAUAGUGAAAAGUAUUUUAAAUUAAAGGAAGAGAAAGUUUGUCGAUUUUUUGCAGAAAUGCUUUUACGAGAUGUCGGAAAAUUCAACCUAACUGAAUUCUUGGAGGACUUGCUAUAA